AUGGAUUCAAGUGGGGAUAACGUGGACAACAAGGAUAGCAAAGACAGUGAGGACAGUAAAGACAAUGAGAACAAUGAAGAUAACGCUGAUAGUAAGGACAGUGGCGACAAUAUUGCAAGUCACGUGAGGUCAUCAUUUAUUGCAUUAGACAACGAUGAUAUCGACUUUGAAAUGGACUGUAUAGGGGCAAUUGAUGGUACGCACAUUGCGGCGCAUGCACCUACUAGAAAGAGAAGUGUAUAUCGUGGUAGAAAGGUUGCAAUAACACAAAACAUUCUUGCAGCAUGCUCAUUCGACAUGAAAUUUACUUUUGUUUAUCCCAGUUGGGAAGGUAGUGUAAUUGAUUCAAGAGUGUUAUCCAAUGCGCUAACACGUCCCGAUGUAGCAUUCCCUCUACCUCUUACGGGUAAAUAUUAUUUGGUUGAUACGGGUUACACAAAUAUGAUAGGAUUUCUCGCACCAUAUCAUUCAAAACAAUAUCACUUGGACCAAUUUCGUGGAUGUCGACAUCAACCAAAUGGGUACAAGGAAUUGUUUAACUAUCACCAUUCAUCACUAAGAAAUGUGAUAGAACGAUGCUUUGGGGUGUUGAAAAAUCAUUUUCCUAUAUUGAAAUCCAUGCCGAACUACAUGCAAGUUCGACAAGGCACAUGUUGUGCUUGUCACAACCGGAUCCGCAUGCAUUUUGCAAAUGAUCCAUGGUUCAAUAGGCAAACAGAACAUGCAACUCCUAUGGCAAGAAAUAGUAAUUUAGAAGAUGAAGUCAUGAAUGAAAUGGUUCAAUUUCGUGAUGAAAUUGUGACAGCUAUGUGGAACAACCGUAAGGUUCAUCCAUAG